AAUCCUCCCGGCCCCCUGUUGUUUUCCUCCGCCACUUGUCAUUGUGCAGCUCUGCCUGCACGUCCUCACGCGCCUCGGUCUGUUCGCCAGAGACAUGGAAUAUCGCUACCCUUUUAAUUGGCUUCCCUGAUAAACGAUUCAGGGCUAACAGCAUCUACUGCCAUGGCCUCCAUAACAGUAGACUCAAAUCCGGGCUGCUUGCAGCGUCAAUUGACCAGAGGAUUGCGUGCUGUGGUCGGGCAAGCUUGUCGACACCCCAUUUACACCUUGAUCGUGGCGGCCCUUGUGGCUGCGACCGCCUAUCUCAAUGUUUUGGAAGCGAGUUUCCUGGCAGCCAACGAAGGUCCUGGGCCAAAGACCGACGCAGGUCAAUUGGACGUCCAGCCCUUUAUUUGGGGCAGCCGCAGUCUUUAUCUUGGGGAGAUGAGCUCGUGGAAGUGGCAUGCAGAUGAUGCUCAACAGGCCCGUCACGGUGAAAUCGAGCAGCAUUUGGCCCUUGUCACUCUCGGAUUCCCUACUCCCGUCGAUCACAGCAUUCCAUUUCUGGCGGACAAGUUGCCCGAAUCCGUCGGCGCCGAAGCCAUCACACAAACCUCCACCUGGUUCACAUCUCUGUCCAAUGAGUUCUUGAUAGCUUUUCAGGUGCCAUACACACAGCUAGGCAGAUUUUUACAGGCUGUCGAAUCGAUUUCCUCCGAAGAUCAGGAUACUACGUGGGCGAUCAAUGGUUCCCACCGGGAAGACAGUCGCGUUUCUCUUGGGCGUUGGCUGGGGAACUCAUGGAUCUCGUUUCUCCAUCGAGUCAAGCAUGCAGAGGCGAUGGACCUGGCGAUUAUUGCGCUGGGAUACUUGGCAUUGAAUAUGACGCUUGUCUCUCUGUUUCGGGCGAUGCGUCAUCUGGGCUCGCGCUUUUGGUUGGCGGCCUCGGUUCUGCUUUCCGGGGCAUUUGCAUUUGUGCUCGGACUAGGUGUAACAACUGCCUGCGGCUUGCCGGUCGAUAUGCUUUUGCUCUCGGAAGGGAUCCCAUUCUUGGGGUUGACAGUGGGUUUCGAGAAGCCCAUCCGAUUCACUCGUAGCGUGCUUUGCGCAUCGAAGGAACUCGGUUGUAUGCCACAGACUUCCGCCGGCAACGACGACCGAAAGCAACAAAGUAUUCCACGUGCAAUUCAGGUUGCUAUCGAUGGAGAAGGAUGGUCGGUCGUUCGCUCUUAUAUCCUGGAAAUUGGCGCUCUGGCCCUAGGCGCGGCGUUGCGACCACAAGAGAAAUUCGGCCAGUUCUGUUUCCUGGCCGCAUGGAUCCUGCUCUUCGACGCGAUCCUUCUUUUCACCUUCUAUGCCACUAUUCUCUGCGUCAAGCUUGAGAUUACACGUAUCCGGAACCCUGGCGUUCUCGAUCAGGCUGAUGAACAACGGGGCCCUCGCAUGUUCGGGUACAAAGUUAAGCCAGAAAACGUGGCCCGAUGGAAAUCCAUGAUGGUGGGAGGUUUUGUGCUUGUUAAUAUGCUCCAACUCUCGUCUUUCUUCUAUCGCAUCAUGGGUGGUUUCGUGACCAAUGCCUCUCUGGCCCCUACCACUAUAAGUCCAUUCAAAGUAGCGGCGAACGGGCUGAGCGAUAUCUAUCUGAGUGCCCUAGCUGGCAGAGUCGAGACCCGCGUGACGGUCCUGCCACCCAUUCGAUAUGUGAUGCAAGCAUCUAAACUCGAUGCCUCAUCUGCUAGCCGCCCCGUGUUUGACGGCGUCCUGGCAGGAUUAGAGAGCCAGCUUGGUCGACUGUGUCUCAUCGGCGCUUUGGUCGUAAGUUUGGUUCUCAACAAACACCUGAUCCACGCCGCUCGCUGGCAUGUCUCUGAUGCACUAAAAGCCCCUGUUUCACCUGCCGACUCUUCUGUGUCUGUAUCGGACCCUCCCUCUCGGAGCGCAGAGGAAACCGAGGUUCUGCUCAAGGCAAAGCGGACAGACUUGUUGACCGACGACGAGUUGGCGGAGCUGUGUCUCCGCGGCAAGGUCCAAGGAUACAGCCUAGAAAAGACCCUGGAAAGCACGUCGACGACCCGACUGGAAGCCUUCACCCGAGCAGUUAGGGUCCGCCGUGCUGCCGUGUCGCGGACGCCUUUCACUCUGGACUUUACCAGCGGCCUCAAGGACUCCCUACUUCCGUACCGCAACUACAACUACGAGCUGGUCCAUGGCGCCUGCUGCGAAAACGUGAUCGGAUACUUGCCCUUGCCCCUGGGGCUUGCGGGGCCCAUGGUGAUCGAUGACCAGUCGUACUUCAUCCCCAUGGCCACGACAGAGGGAGUGCUGGUGGCCAGUGCCAGCCGCGGCUGCAAAGCCAUCAACGCAGGCGGUGGUGCCGUGACGAUGCUCAAGGGCGACGGCAUGACCCGGGGCCCCUGUCUGGGCUUCCCUUCCGCCAAACGUGCCGCCGAAGCCCAGCGCUGGGUCGAAUCCCCAACAGGCCGCGAGUUGCUAACCGAAACCUUCAACUCCACUAGCCGGUUUGCUCGCCUCCAGAAUCUGACCGUAUCCCAAGCCGGCACCUAUCUGUACAUCCGCUUCCGCACCACAACCGGCGACGCGAUGGGCAUGAAUAUGAUCUCCAAGGGGGUGGAAAGAGCCCUACAGGCCAUGACAGCCCACGGGUUUCCGGACAUGAACACCAUCACUCUGUCGGGUAACUUCUGCGCGGACAAGAAGUCAGCGGCCGUCAACUGGAUCGAGGGCCGUGGCAAGUCCGUAAUUGCCGAGGCAACGAUCCCCGCAGCCACCGUGCGUUCCGUACUGAAGACCGAUGUGGAUAGUUUGGUCGAGCUGAACACGGCCAAGAACCUGGUUGGCAGCGCCGUGGCCGGCAGUAUGGGCGGGUUCAACGCCCAUGCUUCUAAUCUGGUCCAGGCGGUGUUUUUGGCUACUGGUCAGGAUCCUGCCCAGAAUGUGGAAAGCAGCAGUUGUAUUACCACCAUGAAGAAUAUUCAUGGCAACCUCCACAUCGCCGUUUCCAUGCCGUCAGUAGAAGUCGGUACCAUUGGUGGUGGAACUAUCCUCGAAGCCCAGGGAGCCAUGUUAGACCUGCUCGGGGUCCGUGGAGCCCAUGCCACUGAUCCCGGCGCCAAUUCCCGGAAACUGGCCCGGAUUGUGGCCGCAGCUGUGCUGGCGGGCGAGUUGAGUACUUGCUCGGCUUUGGCGGCAGGCCACUUGGUCAAUGCCCAUAUGCAGCAUAAUCGCAGUGCUGCGUCAGCGAAGAAAUAGCCUCCAUUUGAUAUACCUUCAAAGUAUAUCCCAUAUCUAUUGGAUACAACUGCGCUUGUAGUCCAUCCCCGGAUUCUGAGACAUAAGAGAUGAACUGUACCGCGUAGUGCCAUGUAGGUCAAAUCUCAACACCAGCAGAACCCCCUUUGAAGAAAUAUAAUCCUCAUCCCCGACACCAUUCCCUAAUCACGCAACCUCAACCUCAAUAACCAUCUCAUACUGCUUUGGAUCAGGCCAAAACCCACAAAUCCGCAAACCCGCAUCCGUAAUCAACCUCCUCCAAUCCGCCUCCGUCCGCUCCGACGCCGCCAGUAACGACAUCAUCUGCACAUCCAUAGUCGUCUGACUCAUACUCGCCUUCAUAGGAG